AUUCCCAGAAUUCCGUGAUGAAGCGCUGUUGGAAUCGUUUAGCGGACAUGAUCUCUGCUGCUUCGCUUUGACUUCAGAGAAGAUGUCUGACCAGACGCUGGAGUAUUUCUUAAGUCAGAGUCAGAUAAAGAAGAAGGACGCUGCUGAGGUGAGAUGGUCCCAUGCAGUCAACAGCAGGAGCAGGCUGACAGAGGCGCUCACAGGUCCCACUCAUAUGAUUGAGGCCGACAUAAUCCUGAGAGAUCAUGACCCCAAAGAGCCAAUAAUGGCACAUCCUCCUGACACAGACAGUGACAUCACACUGAAGGAGUGGCUGGAAAGAGUGAAGGUGCACAGCAAGGGAAUAAAACUAGACUUUAAGAGCCUGGAGGCGGUGUCUCCGUCCCUGGUUCUGCUGGAGGAGGUGCUGGCUGAGCCGAACCGUCCUGUGUGGAUUAAUGCGGAUAUCCUCUCUGGUCCUGGGGGACAGGCGAGACCUCUGGAGCCUCAGGCUUUCCUUUCUGCUGUGAGCCCCCUCCCCACUCACACCGUGCUCUCUCUUGGGUGGACCACAGGAUGGACUGCUGGGACAGAGAACCCAGGUUACAGCUGGGCUAUGGUGCACGUGAUGGAGGAGAUGUGUAGAACCCUUAAACAUCCAGUCACCUUCCCAGUGCGUGCAGAUCUCCUGGCCCAGUCAUUCUCCCAGCUCAGAUGGCUGCUGCAGCAGUCAGACAGGUACACUCUAACUGUGUGGACCGGCCAGAAUGACAAGAUAACACUACAGGACUUACUGCCCUACAAAAAAGAGUUUGACAUUAGUAGGAUCUACUAUGACCUGCCAGAAUUCAAAAGGCAGAGCUUAGUAUGACAUAGCAAGACAAUAAGUCCACCGCAACACAUGCUGAGACGUUGUCUGGCUGUGGCUUCUUAACUCUGAAAGCAGACUGAUGCCCCCAAGCAUGGGUGUAUCAAACUGCAAAGCAUUACGCUGUUGUCCUGAUAGAGACCAAUGUUAAAAUAGAAUGCACUCUGGUCCCGAUGUGGCAAUUAAAGAGAUGUCAUUUACCCAUUAAAAGCCAGUGUACUA